AAAUAAUAUUACUAAAAAGUAGGCAGCAACUGUAAUUUGCAACUCUAUGCAUUCCAUGUCUGCCAGACCAGUCCCUACAGUCAGUUUUCCUAUUAAAACCUCAUGACUGCCAGACACAGACAGGAUGUUGCUUAUUGUGUCAUUACAAGCAGACUGAUCUAGUAAGUGCAAGGCUGAUAAAUACAUCUCCCUCAGCUCCCCAAAGAAGCAUCAAAUAGCUGUCCAGGAGGGAAGCAAAAUGUCCCGUCUGUCUUUAACCCGCUCACCGGUUUCUCCCCUGGCUGCCCAAGGAAUACCUCUUCCAGCACAGCUUACCAAAUCCAAUGCUCCGGUACAUAUUGAUGUAGGAGGGCACAUGUAUACCAGCAGUCUGGCCACCUUGACAAAGUAUCCAGAUUCUAGAAUAAGUCGGCUGUUUAAUGGAACAGAACCUAUUGUACUGGACAGUUUAAAACAACAUUAUUUCAUUGACCGAGAUGGGGAAAUUUUCCGAUACAUUUUGAGCUUUCUGAGGACCUCUAAGCUGCUUCUACCAGAAGACUUUAAGGAGUUUAAUCUGUUGUAUGAAGAAGCAAAAUAUUAUCAGCUGCAUCCCAUGGUCAAAGAACUUGAACGAUGGAAACAAGAUAAAGAGCACAGAAAGCAUUUCCAGCCAUGUGACUGUCUGGUUGUUCGAGUGACCCCUGACUUGGGGGAGAGGAUUGCUCUAAGCGGAGAAAAGGCUUUAAUAGAAGAGAUCUUUCCUGAAACUGGAGAUGUUAUGUGCAACUCUGUGAAUGCUGGCUGGAACCAAGAUCCAACCCAUGUCAUUAGGUUUCCACUUAACGGUUACUGCAGAUUAAACUCUGUGCAGGUACUAGAGAGAAUGUUUCAGAAGGGAUUUCACGUGGCUGCAUCUUGCGGAGGUGGUGUCGACUCCUCUCAGUUUAGUGAAUAUGUAUUGUGCCGUGAGGACAGGAGAAUGCAACCAAACACAAUGAGGAUAAAACAAGAGCCACUUGACUGAUGUUAGGCAUCACUUUAUACCCCUAGAAGUGCGCAUUAGUCCUUGGGAUGAAACCUUCAGGACCUGCAAACCAGUAUUAAUGAACUUCAUGUGACUACUUGUUGCCAGUUUGUAAUAUUAUAAGACAGACUCAUUGACGGGCUCACGCCUCACACUGCAACUUUUGAGAGUACUUAACCAGAUUGGUUGACUAUGGAUAUAUAUAUAUUCAUCUCAACAGCUGUGCUGUAAAGAGAAAAGACCAAUCGUGGAUUAUUAUGGACUAUUAAAACAUCACAGUAUUAUCAGUGAUGACAUUUUUUUCCCCAUUUUUUUAUUUGAAGACCCACUCCCAGUAUGCUGCAUUGAACAGUUUUCUUAUCUCUGUCUGUACGUGAUGCUUCAGAUAGACUUUUUCCAGUUACAUGUUAAAUAAAGGAUUAAAGACAUGGACAAAUUCCUAUGACAUACCCAGCUACAGAUCACAUGGUCACAACUUUAAGAGUUAAGAUGUUAACUGGAAACAACAAAUAUAUUUUGCAUAUGUGUGCUACAUGGAGGGCAUUUGGAUCCUAUCAUAAUUAGCAACUUUUCCUUGUUCCAAAUUCUUCUUAUUAUUAUGCAUGGUUAGGAGGGCUGUUGAAAGAGGAAUAUAUAGUGCAGAAUCAAGGUUUCCAAACUACUGUGCUAUCUAAUAUAUUUAAAACAGAAGACCCAAUGGUGUUUCAGUUGUUAAAUCAACUUCAAGCUGCUAAAUUAUUUUGGCAAAUCAUGUAAAACAUUUACGCCCCUCUAUAUUGGAAGAAAGGCAGACAUGAGCAUGAGGGAUGUUGGUUAUAGUCACAAUUAUGUAAUAUAGUUUGAGAAUGACUAUGUUGCCAACAGUCCAUGCAGACCUAAGAGAUAUUAUGUUAUUGACAUUUUCAGGUGGAACUACUGGUGAAGCAGCUUUUUAAACAUAGGGUGAAUAAAGAAAUGAAUAAACGUUAAUUUAGAGCCUAUCAGAUUAAAUUUGUUCACUUGUUUAUGUGAUAAACGCUCUAGUGUUACACUCGGGGACAGCCAUCAUCUGGGAUUCCAGCAGUUGCUAAAAACAGCUUUAAGCAUCCUCAGCAGGUCUGCUGCAAGCUGGAAUUCCGCAACAGCUAAAGUUUGCCUGUUCUUAGUAACACAGCUUUCUCAGCUCUAGAUUUAUUUCCUUUAUAUCAGGAUUUACAGAUGAAGAGACAUUUUGCAAAGUUCUGUUUUUAAACAUGUUCUGAAGUAACAAUUAUUUAUCCUUGUCCUCUCCCCACCCAUAUUAAUUUAUAGCUUUUAAUGAUGACUUGAACAGACGUAUAUGGUAAGCUAAUGUAUAUAACAAUUGUAUGACCAAUCUUAGAUGCCAAGAAUGUUUUUAAUGCAAUAGUUCUGACGUUGCUUGCAGUAGCAGAAUCCUUCAGCCCUGGAAGUUGUAUUAGUGUACAAAAGACAAUAGAUCACCACAUGAUUAGCAUCCAAUAUUACAUUUUAAAAAUAUUUUGUGCGACAAUUUUAUACCCACGAUGAACAAUUUGCUGAAUAUUGGUGCUGUCAUAUUGGAGAACAUAGCACUGCAUUGAAUUUGUACAUUAAAUAUAUGUAGACUUGUAUAAUAUACAUUAUUGUAAAAAUAUUGUCAUGUACUUGUGUAUACAUAUUUCUAAUAUAGUAUUCAUGCCAUAAACAUUUCUGUAUAGUAAAGAGAAAAAAUGGUCAAACAGAAACCUAA